GGGGCGAGGGAUAACAGAGAGCUCACACGCGCAGGAGGGAGGAACGAAGGGAAACGACGAAUCGCGCGUCAGUAGUGGAACAGAAGCGUAUGCGGUAACGGCACACACUCAUACGAGCGUAUACUGUGUGACGAUACACUGAGGAGCAUACAGAGUCGAGAGCGUCGAGUUGCGCGAUAAAUGUGUUAUGUUGCAUUUCGGUGGCAUUUUCUUGCGCUGAAAUAACAAGAGUGAAGUGAGAGGGGCAGGCGGGGAAGAAGAGUGAGCGAGCACCAUCAACGUCGUCGCCGUGGUUGCCGCACUCGUGCUCACUGUCGAGCGGGACCGCGAACACCGCGCGGUGCGGCGUACCUGAUCGCCGUAGACGUCGUGUGGUCAUCGUGCUUGUGUCUCAUCGUAGUAAGUGCUAGAGUAGCGUAUUCGCUGGAGAAUGGCGUCGGACGAGGAGGUGGACGAAAGCUACGUAGGAGAGGAUGAUGUAGACGAAACUGGAGGACAAAUGUCCAAUGUUGGUCAGCAAGUAGACGGCUCAUCUGAUGCCGAAGAAUCUCAAAGACUGGAAGAAGAUGAUGACUAUGAACCAGAAGAAAGGAAAAAGAAAAAAGGUAAGAAGCGAAAAGCACGUAGUGAGGAUAAAAAGGGAAAGAAAAAGAAGAAAAAGAAAAAAUCUGAUUCGGGAGACGAAAGUGACUUUGGUGGUGGUGAAGCUGGCGAUGCAGCUGGGGAAGAUAGUGACUAUGCAGUCAAUAGGAAGAGUAGAAAAUCGUCAUCAAGGAAAUCAUCGAGUCAUAAUACACCAACCACUCAGAGCCAAGAACCUACAACAGGCAUGCCCACAAUUGAAGAAGUGUGCAAUACAUUCGGUUUAACGGAUGUACAUAUUGAAUAUUCUGAAGCCGAUUUCCAAAAUUUAACAACGUACAAGCUAUUCCAACAACACGUCAGACCACUCUUAGCGAAAGAGAAUCCGAAAGUCCCAAUGUCGAAACUUAUGAUGUUAGUGGCAGCUAAGUGGCGUGAUUUUUCUGAAUUGAACCCACACACACAACCAGAUGCGGAUGUUUCGUCCACAAAUGUAGACGAUGAUAGCAGAAAUGCUAGAGCGAAUCGUAGUGGUGCUAUGCAAGAGGCUGAAGAUGAAGAAGAGGAUGACGAGGAUAGUGAUCGGAAAAGAAAAUCACGAGGCUCGAGGGCAAAAAAGGGGAAGAAAGCUUCAAAAGUACCGACACUGAAGAUUAAGCUUGGGAAACGUAAACGAGGAAGCUCGGAUGAGGAAGCAGAAGGCAGUGCAGCAGGUUCUGAUAGAGAUUCCGAUAUGGAAUUUGAACAAAUGUUAGCCGAUGCGGAAGAGACUCCUGGUGCCGAGGGAAAUAAUAAAGGUGGUGUUGAGGACAGUGGCGUUGAACCGCUGGCUGAACCACCGGUUCGCAGAAAGGCGAAAACUAAAAUUGGCAAUAAGACGAAGAAAAAGAAGAAGACGAAAACUACUUCCAAAUUUCCAGACGGAGAGGAAGGUCUCCAGACUGACCAUCAGGAUUAUUGUGAGGUCUGCCAACAAGGUGGAGAGAUCAUUUUGUGCGACACGUGUCCCAGAGCGUAUCAUUUAGUAUGCUUAGAACCCGAAUUGGAGGAAACACCCGAGGGAAAAUGGAGUUGUCCUCAUUGUGAAGGAGAAGGUAUUACAGGUGCAGCGGAAGACGAUGACGAACACAUGGAAUUUUGUAGAGUAUGCAAAGAUGGUGGAGAAUUAUUAUGCUGUGACAGUUGUACGAGUGCAUAUCAUACGCAUUGUUUGAAUCCUCCACUGUCAGAAAUUCCUGAUGGCGAUUGGAAAUGUCCUCGAUGUUCUUGCCCACCGUUGAGAGGAAGAGUUGCAAAAAUAUUAACGUGGAGAUGGAAGGAAUGUUCGGAAACCCCGUCGGAAGAACCUUCUACGAGCAAGGCUGCACCUAAACAAAGAAAGAUGCGUGAAUUUUUUGUGAAAUGGGCGGAUAUGUCUUAUUGGCAUUGUGAUUGGAUAACAGAAUUGCAACUUGAUGUUUUUCAUCCACUUAUGUAUAGAAAUUAUUAUCGUAAAUAUGACAUGGACGAACCACCAAAAUUGGAAGAACCUUUGGAUGAAAGCGAUUCUCGCGUGAAACGAUUGAAAGAACAGGAUGGUGCUACCAACAGAGACGAGUACAAUCUAGAAGAACGAUUCUAUCGUUACGGCGUACGUCCAGAAUGGUUAGUCGUUCAUAGAGUGAUUAAUCAUCGAUUACAGAGAGAUGGCAGAGCUACGUAUCUUGUAAAGUGGAGAGAACUCGGUUACGAUCAAGCAACAUGGGAAGAUGAACAUGAGGAUAUACCAGGCUUGAAGCAAGCCAUCGAGUAUUAUUUGGAUCUAAGAGCUGCAAACUGUUGUGACGGUAGUUCGUCACGUAAAGGAAAAAAGGGAAAGAAAUCGAAGACUCGUGAGAUAAUUGAUGAUGAGGAAAGAACGCCGAAACGUUACACGCCACCGCCAGAUAAACCUACGACGGAUCUCAAAAAGAAGUAUGAGAGGCAGCCGGAGUAUUUAGAUCAAACUGGAAUGCAGUUACAUCCUUAUCAAUUAGAAGGCUUAAAUUGGCUAAGAUAUUCAUGGGGUCAAGGUAUAGAUACGAUAUUGGCCGACGAAAUGGGUCUAGGGAAAACUAUUCAGACUAUUACAUUCUUAUAUUCUUUGUACAAAGAAGGCCAUUGUAAAGGCCCAUUUUUGGUUUCUGUCCCUCUAUCGACCAUCAUCAAUUGGGAACGUGAAUUUGAAACUUGGGCGCCGGACUUUUAUUGUGUUACCUAUGUGGGUGACAAAGAUAGCCGUAUUGUGAUCCGUGAAAACGAGUUGUCUUUCGAAGAAGGUGCUGUGCGUAGUGGACGCGCUUCCAAAAUUCGUUCAUCGUCGAUAAAAUUUAAUGUUUUACUUACGAGCUACGAACUUAUUUCAAUCGAUUCUGCAUGCCUAGGCUCAAUUGAUUGGGCCGUUCUGGUUGUUGAUGAAGCACACAGAUUGAAGUCAAAUCAGUCAAAGUUCUUUAGAUUAUUAGCGUCUUACAACAUUGCGUAUAAACUGUUGCUGACUGGAACUCCACUACAAAAUAAUUUGGAGGAACUGUUCCACUUACUGAAUUUCUUGUGUCGUGACAAAUUCAACGAUUUAGCAGCUUUCCAAAACGAAUUUGCUGAUAUUUCUAAAGAAGAGCAGGUUAAAAAGUUACACGAAAUGCUCGGUCCUCAUAUGUUGAGAAGAUUGAAAGCUGAUGUACUGAAGAACAUGCCUAGUAAAUCCGAAUUUAUUGUACGAGUUGAGUUAUCACCAAUGCAGAAGAAAUAUUACAAAUAUAUAUUAACAAGGAACUUUGAAGCUUUGAAUCCCAAGGGUGGUGGUCAGCAAGUAUCAUUGUUAAAUAUAAUGAUGGAUCUCAAAAAGUGCUGUAAUCACCCGUAUUUAUUCCCCGCUGCAUCGCAAGAAGCACCGACUGGACCAAACGGAAGUUACGAGACAUCGGCAUUGAUUAAAGCAGCCGGAAAAUUGGUUUUACUGAGCAAGAUGCUGAAGAAAUUACGAGACGAUGGACAUAGGGUCCUUAUAUUUUCUCAAAUGACAAAGAUGUUGGAUAUUCUUGAAGAUUAUUUGGAAGGUGAAGGAUACAAAUACGAAAGAAUAGAUGGUAAUAUAACGGGUGCGCAACGUCAAGAAGCCAUUGAUAGAUUCAACGCUCCUGGCGCUCAGCAAUUUGUUUUCUUGCUUUCUACCCGUGCUGGCGGGUUAGGUAUCAAUUUAGCAACGGCAGAUACUGUAAUUAUUUAUGACUCCGAUUGGAAUCCACACAAUGAUAUUCAAGCAUUCAGCAGAGCUCACAGAAUAGGACAAGCCAACAAGGUUAUGAUUUAUAGAUUUGUUACACGUAACUCUGUAGAAGAAAGGGUGACACAGGUAGCUAAGCGUAAGAUGAUGCUCACUCAUCUGGUUGUGCGUCCAGGCAUGGGCGGUAAAGGCGCUAAUUUCAGUAAACAGGAGCUUGACGAUAUUUUACGGUUUGGUACGGAGGAAUUAUUUAAGGAAGAAGAAGGCAAAGAAGACGAGGCUAUUCAUUACGAUGAUAAAGCUGUCGCUGAAUUAUUAGAUAGAAGUAAAGAAGGUAUUGAACAGAAAGAGAAUUGGGCCAACGAGUACUUAAGUUCUUUCAAGGUUGCCUCAUACGUGACGAAGGAAGGAGAAACGGAAGAGGAGGCAGAUACGGAGAUAAUCAAGCAGGAAGCAGAAAAUACAGAUCCAGCGUAUUGGAUCAAGUUGCUUAGACAUCAUUACGAACAGCAACAGGAGGACAUCGCUAGAACACUCGGCAAAGGUAAACGAGUACGAAAACAAGUCAAUUACACUGACGGCGGUGUAACUGGCGACCAAGGCGCAAGAGAUGACCAGCCGUGGCAAGAAAAUCUGUCGGAUUAUAAUAGUGACUUUAGCGCUCCUAGCGACGAUGACAAGGAAGACGAUGACUUCGACGAGAAAGGUGAUGGAGACUUGUUGUCACGCAGAAGUAGACGCAGGUUGGAGAGACGUGACGAAAAGGAUAGACCUUUGCCGCCUUUACUUGCAAGAGUAAAUGGAAAUAUCGAGGUACUUGGUUUUAAUGCAAGACAACGGAAAGCGUUCCUUAAUGCAAUUAUGCGCUAUGGAAUGCCACCGCAGGAUGCUUUCAAUUCCCAAUGGUUGGUACGCGAUUUGCGUGGAAAAUCCGAAAAAAAUUUUAAAGCCUACGUAUCGCUGUUUAUGCGACAUCUUUGCGAACCAGGCGCUGAUAACGCAGAAACGUUCGCAGACGGUGUGCCGCGAGAAGGUCUUAGUCGGCAGCACGUAUUAACAAGAAUUGGUGUAAUGUCUUUAAUAAGAAAGAAGGUGCAAGAAUUUGAACAUAUAAACGGUUACUAUUCAAUGCCGGAGAUGAUACGAAAACCAGUAGAACCUGUGAAAGUUGGUGAAGGGGUUGGUGAUGCAGCAACCGGCACUAGUAGUACUAGUGCUACACCAGCCACCUCAAAUGCUCCUAGCCCUAGUCCUGCCGCCACACCAACUCCGACUCCGACUUCGACAUCUGGUACGGGCAAUGAAACUAACAAGACGAAUUCUGAUUCAUCUGAAGCUAAAGAAUGUAGAGAUGAAUCGAAAGAUAAAGAGAGUGGUGACACAAAGGAUUCUAAGGAAGAUCCAAAAAGCUCUAAGGAAGACGAUGAAACGAGUUCUGAAAAAGAUAAGGAAAAAGAGGAUGUCAAGAAGGACGAGAAGGAUGCUGAGACAGAGACUACUGAGAAGGAAAAAGAUAAAAUUGAUACAAAAGAUGAAAAGGUUACAGUAAAACAUGAGGAUAAAGCGGAGAAUAGUGAAAAUAAGCUCAAAUCUGAAUCCGAGGAAGAUAUUGUUAUCGUUAAGGAUGAUGAGGAGGAAGCUGAGAAACGAGAGGAGAAAGAUAACAAAGAGAAGGAAGUAAAGGACUGUGAUGCAGAUGUAAUAAAGCCUAAGCGCAAGUUCAUGUUUAACAUAGCCGACGGUGGCUUCACGGAAUUGCAUACGCUCUGGCUGAACGAGGAAAAAGCUGCCGUUCCUGGUCGUGAUUACGAAAUUUGGCAUCGUCGUCAUGAUUAUUGGUUGUUGGCUGGUAUUGUCACGCAUGGCUAUGGCCGUUGGCAGGACAUACAAAAUGACAUUCGAUUUGCGAUCAUCAAUGAACCAUUCAAGAUGGAUGUGGGGAAAGGAAACUUUUUAGAGAUAAAAAAUAAGUUCCUGGCGAGACGUUUCAAACUUUUGGAACAGGCGUUAGUAAUUGAAGAACAGUUGAGGCGAGCUGCCUAUCUGAAUUUAACACAGGAUCCAAAUCAUCCUGCUAUGAGUCUUAACGCGCGAUUUGCCGAAGUUGAGUGUCUCGCCGAAUCCCACCAACAUUUGAGCAAGGAGAGCCUCGCGGGUAAUAAACCUGCCAAUGCGGUGUUACAUAAGGUGUUAAAUCAGCUGGAAGAAUUACUUUCUGAUAUGAAAUCAGAUGUAAGUCGCUUGCCAGCAACAUUGGCUCGCAUUCCUCCAGUUGCUCAAAGACUGCAAAUGUCAGAGAGGUCAAUACUGAGCCGACUUGCAGCCACAGCACCUGGCGGAAGCAGUACUCAGUCGGGUCAAGCUGCGUUAUUGGCACAGCAAUUUCCAGCAGGUUUCUCAGGAGGACAGUUACCGGCCACCUUCGCCGGUGCCGCUAAUUUCGGCAAUUUUCGACCACAAUACUCAGUACCAGGCCAACCACCGCAAGGAUUUACAGGUUUGUAG